AUGAGAAAGAGAGAACAGGAAGCCUCUCUCCUGAAGACAGAUGGACUGCCAUGCUGUGGACACAUACGCACGCACACCAACUGCAUCCUCACAACACCACCACACAACCCAAAGCACCAGGAAGAGGAAGGCGUCUUCACAGCCUACUCCCUGCAGCGGUGCCAGCAGCAGGAUCUCAGCGCCUCUGUGUGUGAGGUGUGUUCACAGCACUGCCAGCUCGCCUCACCAGAGCCCUAUAGGAACAGAGACAUCUGUGGAGCGGAGGACGCCAGCUUGCACGGCCGUCUCUGGAGGAAGCCCGCCAUGUCCGACGACAACGGCAGAAAGAGGCCCUUUAUGGUGCUUCCUGGACUCGGAUCUGGAACUGGUGAAGGAGAAUCUCGCAACAUUUACCCCGUCAUCCUGCAGGAGCCCAGUGGAAGGGCUGUGGGCAGAUUCCAGAAGCCCCGCUACGGCCACUCUCCAAUCAGCAGUGGGCCAGAGCAGAGACCUCCCUGCACAGACACUCACUCCAGCUGUCUGCACGCUCUGGGCCUGCUCCGUCCAUAUCAGAGACCGGGAGACAGUGACGCCUUGUUUCAGUGGGUUUGCUGUGGAGCGGAGUGA